AUGAGGUGGAAGUACGUAGAAUUCGCCCCCAAGCUCGGCGACUGCCACCCCCUCCAUGACCAUGAUCUUCUCAACGAUAUAUCAAUGGCCUUUGCCUGCAGGGUCUGGCGCCAUAUGCACAUGGCGCGGCAUUCUCGUCUCUGUGUCGAAAGACGGGUCAUUGACAUGGCCUCCGCUGAAGGUUUGGAGUCGGCCCGGAAUGCCCCAAGCCGGAGGGAAGGCGUCUCUGGUGGCGGCUCCGGCGCCGUGCACUAUACGGAUUCCAUUGGGGAGCAGGAAUCCGAAUUCGACAGACGACAUGCCGGGAUGGCGAACUCUUGGAUUGUUGGGGAAAUUUACCAAGUAACAAUGGCCGGUUGGUAUGUCUCGGUACAGAUGGUGACGAAGAUUGACCGUCUUAUACCAGAAAAGUACUCCAACGCCAAAUAG